UUCUCCCAGGCGUUUAUCCAGUUCAAACCUCUUCAAAAUGAAGCAUAUCAUAACGUCCCUAGUUUACACUCUUGCCUUUUUGAGCUUUGACAUCGUUUCAACGGAAGGGCAAAAUGCCACUCGAGUUGGCAAACUCAUACCGAUUUUUCAGGUCGUGACUUUUCCGAACCUUCCUUGCGUUGGCUCUUCAUCACGAAAUGGAACUUGCUACACAUCCGAAGAGUGUACGACAAGAGGUAAGAAAUUCAAUUAUCUGAGGAGACAAAAUGGAACAAAUUGUAAUUAUUGUUUUCUCCCAUUAGGUGGAAUUUCUGCCGGCAGCUGUGCCCAAGGAUUUGGCGUUUGCUGCACUUUCAGCAUUGCUUGUGGGGCCACAACUAGCCAAAAUUGCACGUACCUUAUCCAAGCUGCCACAACCAACCCAACAUCUGAUCCUUGCGUUUUCACGAUUUGCAAGGACUCAGCAGACAUUUGUAGAAUCAGAUUGGAUUUUACGACAUUUUCAAUCGCUGGACCCGUCACUGGUUCAGUUAUAGAUUCUAAUGCGCUUGAGGAUAACGGUGGUACUGUUGGAGAUUGUCUUAUGGAUUCAUUUACCCUCACUUCUCCUGGAAAUCAAGCAUCGCCCGUAAUUUGUGGAUUUAACACAGGCCAGCACAUGAUUGUGGAUGCCUCCGACCAAUGCCAUAAAGCAUCUUUCGAUUUUAGUGGAACUGCAACAACUCGACAAUUUGAGAUCAAAGUUACCCAAUACCAAUGUGGAGAUGAGUUAGGAGGACCUGAUGGCUGUUUGCAGUUCUUCACUGGCAACACUGGGCAAUUUGCAAGCUUCAACUUUCCUACCACGUCGUCAACAGUCACAUCUACAGUGACUCAUCUGUCCAACCAAUGUUACAACAUGUGCUUCAGGCAAGAAGUGGGCAAAUGUGCCAUCUGCUUUAACGUCGUCAUUGAAGGAACAGGGGCAACUGAUCAAGGCUCGUUUGGCCUUUCCAUUGCAUUUACUGCAGCGAUGGCGGAUGGAGUCCAAGAUUCGAAAUGUUCAGAGGAUUAUCUUCAGAUCCCAGGUGGUGAAAGAAGUGCAACUGGUGCUCUUUUUGCUGUUGGUUCCAUUGCCCUUAUAGGCCAUGAUCGAAUUUGCGGCCGAUCUUUUGGUCACACAGACACUGAAGCAGAAGGAGCGGCGAAUAACGAAGAAUCAAUUUGCAGUAAGUAGUCCAUGAAGUAGUCUUUC